ACAGCAUCCUCGAUCGCUUCCCAUGCCUUCAGAUGAAAUCCAAUUGGUAUGCUUGGACUGUUUUACUGUACGUUCGACCUAGCAUACCAGUUCAACAGUACGCUAUGCUAUGUGGGUCUAAGAGAAGCUCACUCCUAUUACGCUGGUCAGGAAAGUAGGAGAGUUCUUGAAUGGUAAACAAGCCGAGCAAUGAGAGGGGGCUGAAAUGUGGGCGUCCAGUUGACAGUACACUGCUCUGUCUUUUCAAGACUACUCGAUGAGGAACUCUGUUCUUUAAUUUGAAUCGGGCCUCAAGUUAAUGUUCUCGACUAUGGGCAAGCGAAAUGUGUGACGUAUGCUCGAAUGAGGUUCAAAUUAGAACGGGUUUAUUACUGUCUGGAUGACCAAGCAUGCAACUAAAGAAAGAGUCAACUUCGAGCAUAGGGUGACGGAUAAUGCACACAUUUUAGAUGCAGCAGCAUAUCGCAAUAUAGAUAAGACACCUGUUUAUUGUGAGAACACUCGCUUUAGUUGUGUUUCGACUCUAUCGCUGGGGAACUGUCUUGUCACGCCGAGAACGACAUUUUUAUUUUAUUUCUGGGUUUCGAUAUUAACGUGCAUGCACACUGGUGCAAACAUGGAGAAUGAUUGCGAUAUUAACGAUCAAAAGCAAGACGUCAAGAAGACAGGGUGUUGUUUUGAAAGGACAUGUUCAGCAUUAACUGUGGAUGAUGUAUACGAAAUGGCUAAAUUGAUUGGCUCGGAAGUGGAAAAACUUAUUGACAGCUACGGUAAAGAGAGCGCCACAGUACUGCUGCCUAAAAUAGUCAAAGUUCUAGAGCUUUUGGAGAGCUUCGCCUCGCGGAACAAUGCACACAAGUCAAAAGAAGAAGAAUUACUCAAAGCAUUUGAAACGCUACAUGUACAGAAACAGAAGAAGACGAGAUCUGUGAAAGAAUACGACGAAAGCAGAAAGAUUGAAAUACAGCGGGAGGUGCAGCAGCAGGAGGAGGCAGAGAAGCAGAGGAGCAGGUGCGAGGAGCUGCAGGCCCAGGUGUUACAUCUACAGACUGAGAUUCAGGAGUUACAGAGCUGCCUGAGGGGCAACCAUGCCCAGGAAGACCGUGUACAACGGCAGGAGCGGGAGGUGAUGCUUAAACUGAAGGAAGUGGUUGACAAGCAGAGAGAUGAGCUGAGGGCCAAAGUACAGCAGAUAGCCAGCAUGUCUAAAGAGGUGGAGGCGCUGCAGGAGCAGUUGGAGCGCUUCAUGAAGAUGAAUGGGGAGCUGAGACACAAGCAGAGCAUCGUCACGGCCCAGGUGAAGAAUGCUGUGGAGAGGAAGGCUGACAUGGAGGCAGACCUCAGAGAGAAACAGAAAGAGAUAGAAUGCCUCACCACCCAGCUGGAAAAGGCCAACGCUGCUGUGGGCACGGCCAGUCCAUGUAGGACAGAGUGGGACCUGACAGGCAAGCUGGUGAUAGACCUUAAGGACCCCAACAGACCCUGUUUCACCAAGCAGGAGGUCAGAGAGAUGCUGACAGAGAGGAACGAGCUCAAAGCCAACCUGUUCCUGGUGCAGGAGGAACUCUCCUACUACCAGAGGGAGAUCCUGAAUGAUGAGCGGUGUCCAGGAUUCUUGCUGGAGGCAGUACGUUCUGCCAUAAAGAAACAGAAAACUGUCAUCAAGGCCAAGAUGCUGGGCAUGCCAGAAGACGAAUGCAGCAGUGAUGAGGAGAAAGGCCCCCUGUUUGAGAGGAGAGCAGAGACAGACAGCAAACACAGCAAACCACAUGAGUCUCGCAUCAGGAACCUCUUUGGCUUCCUGACUCGCUCCGGCAGCAACCACAGCAGCCGUAGUCCCAGUGAAAACAAGGCUGCUUCUUCCUGGGAAAUCAUCGAUGACACCAAGACCACCACAGAGACAGAAACCAGAUGAUCACCAUGACAACCCUCAACACCUGUCCAACUACACUUGUCCUCCAUUCUGUUCAGUUUUCACUGAAUGUUUUAUACUGGUUAGGUCUCCAUAGCAGCCCUAAGAAAGGAAGAGCAUUCUCUCAUGCCUUCCCUCUUUCUUUUUUACUACCUCUUCAUCCUUGCUCUAUAUACCUUUCUCUUUCUUUCUCUGUCUCUCCCUCUGUUUCUCUCAGGAAAAGGUUCAGAAUGGUGAAAUGGCCAACUGUACACUUUGCAUUGACAAUAACCAUGCAGGACAUUAUUAACAGGAAAAUCUCUGUUGAAUCUCUGAAGAAAAUUUGUAUUGCGAUAUUUUAAUAAAGAUUUUAAGAUGUA